GGCGGGUUGCCCGGAUGUGGCUCGAUCGCAAGAUGGCGGCGGCCGAGUGAGCUGCGUGGGGGGGGCAGCGGCAGCGCCGGGCCCGCGCGUUUUCCCCCGCGGAUCCCGGGAUGCUGCGUUGAGUCGGGAAAGAGCCUCCCCUUCUGCACAGGCUCUCACCAUGUUCAGCAAGAAGAAGAAGCGUUUGGAGAUCUCGGCUCCUUCUAACUUCGAGCACCGCGUCCACACCGGCUACGACCAACACGAGCAGAAGUUCACGGGGCUGCCCCGGCAAUGGCAGGGCCUCAUCGAGGAGUCAGCCAAGCGCCCCAAACCCUUGGUAGACCCCAUCUGCAUCACCACCAUCCAACACGCUUCCCAAAAGACCAUCGUCCGGGGCAGCAAAGCCUCCAAGGACGGCUCCUUGACCUGGCUCCUGGAUGAGUUUGAGAACAUGUCCGUGUCCCGUUCCAAUUCCCUGCGCAGGGACAGCCCCCCCUUCCCGCCCCGCCGCCACCACCAGCUCCACCAGGAGAACGGCCUCUCCCAGGGCCCGAGCUCAGCUCAAACCCAGGAAGAUGCCGGCAGGAGCAAGAAGACCCGCCCAAGGGCCGGGCGUGAGGUAGAACAGGGCAAGGAGAGACCUCGGGACAAGGAGGAGCACCCCGGCCACCAGCAGCCCCACCGGUGCCCCGCUCCCGGCGCCCGCCCGCCUCCCGGCUGUGCCAAAGCGCCCCCGGAGAGGGACUCCAAGCAGGAGCGGGUGCUGCGGCGCGAGCGCCCCGAAGCCGCUGAGAAGCGCCCCAAGUCCACGCUGGGUGCUGGGGGGAGCAGCCCCCCGUCCCCCCGGGACAAGCGCCCGCUCUCCGGGCCCAGUAUCCGCACUCCCAACAUUCCCAUCUCGGAAGGGGUGAUGAAAACAGCUCAACAGACCGGGCGGCCCUUCAACACCUACCCCCGGGCUGAGACCGACCCCGGCCCGCAGGCCGAGCACCGAGCGAGCCGACCGCAGGAGCCGGCCUCCAACGGCCCCACCGCCAGCUCCUGCCGAGCUCCAGCGCGCUGCCCCCCGGAGACACCGGCCCAGCCGCACCUCGCGCCCCACGCCUCCGACCCGCAGCUGGCGCGGCAGCCCCCGGCGGCGCCGGCGGUGGCGGGAGCGCAGCGGGAGCCGCAGCGGGUGUCCCACGAGCAGUUCCGGGCGGCGCUGCAGAUGGUGGUGGACCCCGGAGACCCUCGCACCUACUUGGACAACUUCAUCAAGAUCGGGGAGGGCUCCACCGGCGUCGUGUGCAUCGCCACCGUGCGCACCUCGGGCAAGCUGGUGGCCGUCAAGAAGAUGGAUCUGCGCAAGCAGCAGCGGCGCGAGCUGCUCUUCAACGAGGUGGUGAUCAUGAGGGACUACCAGCACGAGAACGUGGUGGAGAUGUACAACAGCUACUUGGUGGGGGACGAGCUCUGGGUGGUCAUGGAGUUCCUGGAGGGCGGCGCCUUGACCGACAUCGUCACCCACACCAGGAUGAGCGAGGAGCAGAUCGCCGCCGUCUGCCUGGCCGUGCUGAAGGCCCUCUCUGUCCUCCACGCGCAAGGGGUCAUCCACCGCGACAUCAAGAGCGACUCCAUCCUCCUGACGCACGAUGGGCGGGUGAAGCUCUCCGACUUCGGGUUCUGCGCCCAAGUGAACAAGGAGGUGCCGCGCCGCAAGUCCCUGGUGGGGACACCCUAUUGGAUGGCCCCAGAGCUCAUCUCCCGCCUCCCCUAUGGACCAGAGGUGGAUAUCUGGUCCUUGGGCGUGAUGGUCAUUGAGAUGGUCGAUGGGGAACCACCUUACUUCAAUGAGCCACCCCUCAAGGCCAUGAAGAUGAUCCGGGACAACCUGCCCCCCAAGCUCAAGAACAUCCACAAGGUUUCUCCAUCCCUCAAAGGCUUCCUGGACCGCAUGUUGGUGCGGGACCCGGGCCACCGCGCCACGGCCACCGAGCUGCUGAAGCACCCGUUCCUGGGCAAGGCGGGGCCCCCCUCGGCCAUCGUCCCCCUCAUGCGCCAGAACCGCCUGCGGUGAGGCCGCCGCCGCCACCAUCCUCAUCCUCACCACGGUGGGACGCUGCUUGGUGGCCCCCCGCAACACACGUACUACUGAGGGAGGGGGAAAGCCCCCGGUGAGCAGCCCCACCACAGCCUUGGGGGGCCAGGGGGGGCAUCCUCAGCCCUGGGGAGCCAUUUGGUGGCGGCCCCCGACUUCUUCCUUCUAAACCCCCCCCCCCCCCUUUUUUAGCCCCUGUGGUGUCUUCAAAGUGGGGUGGGACACCCCCAAACUCCAGCCCUAUGGCCACACUACUGAUUCGGGGGGAUCCCCCCACUGCAAAUGUGGGGUUUGGGGGUGCCCUCACCCCAAACAUGGUUCUUGGGGGUCCUUCCUCUCAAACCAUGGUUCAUGGAAGGGUUGCCCUCAUCCCAAACAUGGUUGUUGGGAGCUUCCCUCACCCCAAACAUGGAUCUUGGGCUUCCCUUACCCCAAACAUGGUUUUUGGGGGUCCCUCCACCCCAAACAUGGUUCUUGGGGGAAAUUUGGGGGGGUUUGGGUGGGGUUCCCCCCCCCCUUUUGUUUUUUAAAGCUAUUUAUAUUGUUGUUUUGUAGCGCCGCGGUUUGGGGGGGCCCCGGGGCCGGCACAUGGGGGGGUCCCCCCAAGAUUCCACAUGGUCUUUUGGAGACA